GGUGUCAUGCUCACCUUGAGAAGUGAAGAAAGAAGGAUGGUUAACGAGGUGAGGAUCAGCAAGGAAUAGUUGCAUCUGUUCAAAGGCAAUCCUAAAUAGCGGGUGGAUCGAUGACCUCUGCGCGACUACGAGGCUGAAGACUCGAAGAAAGAGGCGGAGGCAAGAGGAGGAGAGCAAUGGCGGCGCUCUCCAAAGGCCUGUUCGUUCUCUCCUUUCUUUUUGUCCUAUUGUCUUCCGUCCCGGUCUCCCUUUCGUCCCAGAAAAAGCCAUCUUCGGCGGCGAGAAGAGAAGAUAUCCCUUACAUCAAGUGCCAGGUAUGCGAGAAGGUCGCCCACCAGAUCUACCGCCAGGUGAUGGACAAGGAGGCUCAGGUCUCUCCGAAAAAGGUGUCGGAGUUUCAGAUCAUAGAGAUCGCCGAGAAUAUCUGCAAUUUGAAGAAGGAACAAGCGGAUUGGAUGCUGCAGAUCGAUAUCGUCGAAAAAGGUGAUAGAUUGCAGCUUGUUGAACAAGGGAUCGAAGGGAUGUGCAACUCAGAAUGUAAGACCAUUGAACGUGCUUGCCAAGAGGUCAUGGGUUAUGCUGACACUGAUGUUGCAGAGUUUGUCUUCAAAACCAGGCCUUCAGCUGAUUCAUUAGUGAAGUUUCUCUGUCAUUAUCUAUCUGAAGCAUGCUCUGCUGAUACACCGCCAGUUCCGAAGGAUAGGCUUCCUGGAGACCCAUUUCUUGCAAAACCAUCAAAGGAUGCUGAAAUGGAAAAGAUUUUGAGGUCGAUGGAGGGUAUGCCAGGAGCACCAAGCAUGAAAAUGUAUUCCAGGGAAGAUUUGAUGAAGAAUAAUUUUGGUGAUGAACAAUCUGAUGAUGAUGAUGAUGAUGAUGAGGAGGAGGAGGAGGAUGAUGAUGAGGAUAACUUCCCCGCAAAAUUGGGUAAGGUUAUAAAGGACAAAGAGUCUCCCAAGAAAGAUUUGAAACAGAGAAUCCUGCAAGGUAUUACAAAGGCCAGCAAGCAGAUGAAGGCCAAUCUACACAAGACAUCACAAAGAAUACAAAAGUGGUUUCGAGGAAAGAAAACAUCUUCGAAGUCGGCAAAGAGAAGGAAAAGUGAGCUUUGAGACCAAUGGGGCAUUUCAUCCCAAAAGUCUUACUAGAUUCAAUAAAUUAUGCUACAAAUUACAUUCUAGGAACACUAAGAGGCUUCAAGUUACAGUCAUGAUGAAAGUGGGCAUUCCCACACACAAACGGUAGGAGUCUUUUUGUUUUUUUGUAGCAAAUCUUUAUUUUCAUGCCUCUUAAUUGAUCAAAGGCUAGCGUGCUUGUGGAGAAAGCAAUGGACUGUUGUGGUAAAUUCAGAUAUAGUAUGUUAACAAUCCUUUCAUGUCA